GUGUGGUGAUGGUUUUGUGCGGACCCUCCGAUAAAACCCUGCAGGCGACCCUGAGCACCGCCGCUGUUGGCGCCAGUCUAAUUAACGGCACGCUGCAGGACAGUGAGUGCGAGGAGCAGCAAUGAAGGUCCCAGAAGCAGAAAUAAUGAGUGAUAUUCUGAAACGGCUAACCGGGGAGUCUGCUCUGCCCCUUUACUGCAGCAUCGAGAAGUUCAAACGAGGCAGAGACGGCUUGUACUUUGUUGCCGAGGACUUCAACGAAACCGUUAAGAAGAGAGAGUUGGUCAACGCCAAGGAACGACUUAGAAUCAGGAACCUAAAUGCCAUGUUCUCUCGCUUGAAACGCAUGGUUCCACUGAUGCGGCCAGACCGAAAGCCUAGUAAAGUGGACACACUUAAAGCAGCCACUGAAUACAUUCGACUGCUUCUUGCAGUUUUACAUGAUACUGAAAGUAAUGCUGGCACGAGGACUGAUUUUCUAAAGAAUGCGAUCACCUAUGGUCAGACUGAAGACAUUGGCAAUGAUUUAUGGAGAAUUGAUGAUCUGCUUAACAUAGAUGAGCACCUGGAAGAUGGAUUCUCUUUGCCCCCAGAAUCGGCAGCGGAGGACGGCGACGUGCCCAGACUGGUGUUGCAACACUGUGUGAUGCCUCCGUACCAGUUUAUCAUCCAAGUUGCACCUGAUCAAGCUUCGGAGCUGCUUUGAAGAAGUCAUUGAGAAAGAAGCAAACUUUUUUUGGUUUGUUUUUAAUACUUUUGUUCAAAUGUAAUUUUCAUUGUUUUUUUUUUUUUUGUUUUUUUUUUUUU